CUUACCAGUGCCUCGCCGGUAAUCCGGUUGGCUGGCUCACCGGCCGACGCGAGAUUCCGGCCGAUUGAUCCCGUCGCCGGCUCGCCCCUCCGCCACCCAACUGGUGGAGCAGGAGGUGCUCGAGUAUGAAUCUUGUGGGGCCUCUGUCUCGCGCUCCCUCCUCAGUCGCUUACUCCUGCCAAGCGCGCAGCCUCGCCCAAACCCUGCUCUCCUGCCUCGCCGGCGACCGCCUCCGCCUCCUCCUCCCGGCUGCCCAUGCCCGCGCCGUCGUCUCAGAAGGUCUCGGCAACCUGUUCCUCGCCAACCUUCUCCUCCGUGGUUACUCCAAGCGCGGUCUCCUCCACGACGCCCGACGCCUGUUCGACGGAAUGCUGCACCGGAACCUCGUAUCCUGGUCAUCGGCCAUCUCCAUGUACGCGCAGCACGGCGGCGACGACCAAGCUCUUUUCCUCUUUGCAGCGUUCAGGAAAUCAUCUGACGAGGUGCCCAACGAGUUCUUGCUUGCCAGUGUCCUGCGGGCCUGCACACAGUCCAGGGCUGUUCCUUUCGGCGAGCAAGUGCAUGGCACUGCCCUCAAGCUUGGCCUGGAUGUUAAUCUCUACGUUGGCACAGCGCUGAUCAACCUGUAUGCAAAGGUUGCCUUCAUGGAUGCGGCGAUGCGGGUGUUCUAUGCCCUCCCCGCAAAGAACCCGGUCACUUGGACAGCAGUCAUCACUGGUUACUCUCAGAUUGGCCAGGGCGGACAUGCCCUGGACUUGUUUCAAAAGAUGGGGGUUCAAGGUGUCCGUCCUGACAGGUUUGUGCUAGCAAGUGCUGUCAGUGCCUGCUCUGCGCUUGCCUUUCUACAAGGAGGCAGGCAAAUACAUGGUUAUGCUUAUCGAAGUGCAGCAGGAAUGGAUGCUUCAGUGAUCAACGCACUGAUGGAUCUUUAUUGCAAGUGCUCCAGACCGUUAGUGGCUCGGAAGCUGUUUGAUCACACAAAGAACCAUAAUCUUGUGUCUUGGACAACAAUGAUCUCUGGUUAUAUGCAGAAUUCACUUGAUGCUGAAGCCAUGGACAUGUUCUGGCGGAUGUGUCGAGCUGGAUGGCAGCCAGAUGUCUUUGCUUGCACAAGUAUCUUGAAUUCGUGUGGCUCAUUGGAAGCUAUAUGGCAAGGAAGGCAGAUACAUGCACAUGCCAUAAAGGCUAACCUGGAGACUGACGAGUAUGUCAAGAAUGCUCUCAUUGACAUGUAUGCUAAAUGUGAUCAUUUAACUGCUGCAAGAGUGGUAUUUGAUGCCUUGGCACAUGAUGAUGCAGUUUCUUACAAUGCGAUGAUUGAAGGAUAUGCAAGGCAAGGUGAUCUUACAGAAGCGCUUCAUAUAUUCCAUAAAAUGAGAUAUUGCUCUCUAAGGCCAAAUCGAUUGACCUUUGUUUCGCUCCUUGGGGUUUCAUCGUUUCAGUCAGCUAGUGAAUUGAGCAAACAGAUUCACGGUCUCAUCAUCAGAUCAGGAACUUCAGUAGACCUGUACGUGGGGAGUGCUCUAAUUGAUGCCUAUUCGAAAUGCUCCCUCGUGGAUGAUGCCAAGGCUGUGUUUCUUAUGAUGCAAAACAGGGACAUGGCCAUAUGGAAUGCUAUGAUAUUUGGCCACACCCAGAAUGAGCAAGGCGAAGAGGCAGUAAAACUCUUCAACCAGCUUCGUAUCUCUGGGGUAACACCUAAUGAGUUCACAUUUGUAGCACUAGUAACUGUGGCAAGCAACUUGGCAACCAUGUUCCAUGGGCAGCAGUUUCAUGCCCAGAUCAUUAAAGCAGGUGCUGACAUUGAUCCUCAUGUUUCAAAUGCUCUUAUAGACAUGUAUGCAAAAUGUGGCUUUAUUAAAGAAGGAUGGUUGUUGUUUGAGUCAACAUGUGGGAAGGAUGUCAUUUGUUGGAACUCUAUGAUUUCGACAUAUGCACAGCAUGGUCAUGCUGAAGAAGCCCUUAGAGUUUUCCAGCUGAUGGGAGAGGCCAGAGUAGAACCAAACUAUGUCACUUUUGUUGGUGUGCUAACAGCAUGUGCUCAUGCAGGUCUUGUGGAUGAAGGUUUGCACCAUUUUAACUCUAUGAAAACAAAAUAUGGUAUUGAACCAGGUACUGAGCAUUAUGCUUCUGUUGUCAAUCUUCUCGGCCGUUCAGGAAAAUUGCAUUAUGCUAAGGAGUUUAUUGAAAGGAUGCCAAUCAAACCGGAGGCAGCUGUUUGGAGGAGCUUGCUGAGUGCCUGUCGUCUCUUUGGUAAUGUUGAAAUUGGGAGGUAUGCUGCUGAAAUGGCACUCUUGGUAGAUCCGUCAGACAGUGGCCCUUAUGUACUACUGUCAAAUAUUUAUGCCUCCAAAGGGCUAUGGGCUGAUGUGCAGAAGCUAAGACUGGGGAUGGAUUAUGCUGGGACGGUGAAGGAACCAGGUUAUAGUUGGGUUGAGGUGAUGAAGGAGGUUCAUACUUUCAUUGCAAGAGGGACAGAACACCCACAGGCAGAAUCCGUAUAUGCAGUACUGGAUGAGCUGACGAGUCUACUGAAAGAUUUUGGCUAUCUCCCUGAUACAUGUGAACUUCCGUUACUUGGUGAUUAUGGUUAGUGCUACUUGCUCAGUGGUCACCAGUUACUUUCAUAAGAUGGACCACUCUAAUACAGUAUCUACACAAUAUCGAUUCUGGUAUGACGAGGCAGUGAUGUAGUGGCUUUAGAAUGUUACUGUGAUUUACAACUAUCCAUUCCAAAACAAUUUCUGACUGGUCACUACUUAUUGACCAAGACGAGCAUUGGGACAGAGGAUCAGAUAUUAAGAGAGAGAAAAAUCCGAGCAUAUAUGUUUACUAUCAACUCAGAUCUUUGAGAUUUGUAACUGCAUAAAAAAAAAUUGGCUGUGAAGCUUCAGUGAUGCACAUACACAGAUAGUGGUGUCAAGUACUUAGCAGGUAGUCAUACACAGAACUUCUCUAACUGUUCUACUGCGACAAAUCUCUGGAAAUAAUCUCCAUGAAAAGUUAUACCAAGCAUGAAGUCAUUCAGCCUAAUCCAAAAAAAGGUCAUUCAACGUGGUCUUGGUCACAGAUAACACAAUAGUCAGUUUAUUGAAGGUAAACAAUAUGGGUUAUGUGGAGUUUGAUUAAUAAUACUACAUACAUUUUGGCGCUCUGAAAUAGCUUACAAUAAAAUUGCAAGCUAAACUUUGUAGAAGAGCGUCUCAAAGGCUUGAACAAGCUUACA